AUGGAUAAAAAUGAUGCUGAACAAGUAACAUCAUCAACAGUUGCUGAAUCUCCUUCAAGUAAUGUUGAAACAAAUCAACAACGAUCUGAUUCAAUGGCUGAUGAUGGACCUUUUUUGGUUGGAAGUUUACCAACUGAAGUAGUACGUCGUGUAAAUGCACUUCGAAAUCUUCAAGUUGAACAUCAUAAAAUUGAAGCCAAUUUUUUUGAAGAAGUUCAUGCACUUGAAUGUCGUUAUUUAAGCAAAUAUCAACAACUUUAUGAAAAACGUUUGAAUAUUGUUAAAGGUACUUAUGAACCAACAGAGGCUGAAGGAAAAUGUGCAUUUGAUGAAAUUGAAAAUAAUGAACAAACAACAAAACCAGCUGAAGAAGAAAAAAAAGACGAAGAAAAAGCUGUUGGCAUUCCAGAAUUUUGGUUACAUGUAUUAAAAAAUUCCGAUGUUGUUUCAGAAUUAAUUAGAGAACAAGAUGAAGAAGUUCUUAAACAUCUUAUUGAUAUUCGCCUAACAAUGCAAAAUGAAGCUGAACAUAAAGGUUUCACUGUUGAAUUUGAAUUUACACCAAAUGAAUAUUUUACUAAUACAAUAUUAACAAAAUCAUACGAACUUCGUACAGGACUUGAUGAAGAUGAUCCAUUAUCUUAUGAAGGACCAGAAAUUAUUAAAUCGAAAGGUUGUGAAAUUCAAUGGAAUAAAGGAAAAAAUGUUACAAUGAAAAUGAUUAAAAAAAGACAAAAACAUAAAAAUCGUGGAACUAUUCGUGUUGUUACAAAAGAAGUACAAACAGAUUCAUUUUUUAAUUUUUUUUCACCACCCACUGCACCAGAAGAGCCUGAUGAUGAUUUUGAAGAGAGUGAUGAAAUGAGAAUGUUAGCAGCUGAUUUUGAAACAGGUCAUUUACUUAGAGAUUCAAUUAUACCAAAAGCUGUACUUUAUUAUACUGGUGAAGUUGGUGAUGAAGACGAUGAAAAUUUUGAUGAAGAUGAAGAUGAAGAUGAAGAUGAUGAUGAAGACGACGAUGAUGAUGAUGAUCACGAUGAAGAUGAAAAUGAAGAUAAACGAGAUACACAUGGCAGUCAUCAUCAUGCUAGUGGUGGUAAACAUGGUUCUGGCGGUAAAAGUCGAGGAGGAAAACACGCUGGUGCCGGAAAUAGUGGUCAACAACCCGAAUGUAAACAACAGUAG